GAUUUGUACCAUUAAUAACUUUUUGGGGGCCAGCUAUUUAUUGCAUUUGCAGUCUCUGCCCUUUGCUUCAUUGCUUAUUGCCCCUUAAUUUUUCCCUUUUCUCUUUGUCUCCUUUUUUUUAAAGCUUGUACCAAAGGACAAGCACUGGUUUCUUUCUCCUUCUAAAGCUAAAAGAAAAUGGUUUCCAAGCCAUCUGAAAAUAAUAAGCCAAAAGCUAAGCAUAAGAAGGGUUUAUGGUCACCCGAAGAAGAUUUAAAGCUUAGAAACUAUGUCCUUAAACAUGGCCAUGGUUGUUGGAGCUCUGUUCCCAUCAAUGCAGGGUUGCUGAGGAAUGGGAAGAGUUGCAGAUUAAGGUGGAUUAAUUACUUGAGACCGGGGCUAAAACGAGGAACUUUUACGCCGCAAGAGGAGGAGACGAUUCUCACCCUUCAUCAUUUGUUAGGCAACAAGUGGUCACAAAUUGCACAAAAUUUGCCUGGGAGAACAGAUAAUGAGAUAAAGAACUAUUGGCAUUCAUAUCUGAAAAAAAGAAUUGCAAAAGCUGAAGAAAUGGAUUCUCAAGCAAGGAGUCAAUGCACAACUUCAAGCUCGGAAAACAAACAAUCCACACCCUCCUCUCGAAUUUUCUCUGACCAAAUGCCAACCUAUGAAUCGUUCAAUCACAUUGAUAAACUCUCGGUAAGCACUGAUCGAGCCGUUCCGCAGCAUGUUAUCGAUUUCUCCAAAGAGCCACAAAGAAGCCCCCUGCCAAAGGUUUUAUUCGCAGAAUGGCUAUCGCUUGAUCAAGAAUGCGGUCCGGCGGCUACCUCUUAUGGAUUUAAUCACAAUUCAAGUUCAAACUUCCAAGACCCUUUUAUGGACGCGUUCUUGUUAAACGAAGGAACAUUCGGUGGCAGUGAUCUUCACGAUGGACUAAGCAACGGGUCGGCAAACGAAAUGUUUAGCUCACAAUUCGAUUUCGAAACCCAAAUUUCUGGGAACCAGUUCGUUGGUUCCUUAUCUGGGGAUGAUAUAUGCAGUGAUUUCAAUAUGAAUAACAAUGUAAUGUACAUGUAAAAUGGCUAAAAAGAUACUUCCUUUCAUUGUAUAGAGAUAUAAUGAGAUAAAAGUACCAUAAAGUUUAUUGUAUUAAGAGUCUGAUUGCAUUUUGCCUUCUUACUCAAAAAUGGGCAAAUUACCUAUACAUUAGAUCAAAGAGUAAAUUGGUCUUUAUAUUAAAA